CCUUUGUUCCAACCCCACCAUAUCCCCAUUUUCUCUCUCUUGCACUUCAUUAUAUAAACCUGCUGCCUCCCAUAGUUCAUUACAAUCUCUUUACUUCACUGUUUCUCUCAAGGGGUAGUGUCUUGUGUCUAUAAUUAUUAUACCUUAAAGAAGCAGCAACCUUAAAAGCUCUUUAAUAAACCCCAUCCAACUUCUGUGAUUCUUUACUCUUUCAUUUAAUUGUUGAUAUGGAGAAUAAGUUGGAUGAUUAUGAAUUUUGGCUUCCUUCACAGUUUCUUACUGAUGAUGACCUUCUCAUAGACUUCAAGAGAAACAAGUACCUUGGACCCGGGUUUAACCCGUUUGGACCUCACUCGGAUCUGAGUUCACCCGUUGAGUCUGUGAUCGGGUCAGUUGAUACAGAGAGUGAUGAAGAAGAGUGGUUAACUCACAAAAUGGCUAACUCUACACUUCAUCAGGACUCUGGUUUCGGCUACGGAAACACAAAGGGUUGGAGUUUGUCAGGUUCGCCACAAUCGACGUUAUGCGGGUGCAAGCAGGGUUCAAGCCAUGGAAGCCCAAACUGUCCUUCACAAGCCUCUUCCCCGCCGCCGGUGAACGGAAGCAAUGGGGCUUUAGAUCAGCUUUAUGCGGCUGACGGACUUUAUCAGGCCAAAACCAGUAGAGGCUCUGUAGCUACACAAAACUCUAAGCCAAGUCUUGGGUCAUUGAACUUAAAUCAGCCCUCGCUCUCUUACCAGCAGUUGCAAGUAGCUCAAUUUCAGCGAUUGAAACAACAACAGAUGUUGAAGCAAGGACAAGUAGUGUUCGGGUCGGGUAAAGGUGGAUUUGAGCAGUAUCCGGUGAACCAGAACCACCAGCAAUUGGUUCACAGCAGAGGCCAAAGUGGAGCUGCUAGGCAGAUGAAUUCUUCAGUUUCUGGUUGGUCUAAGUUGCAACAGUCUCAGUCUCAGCAACAACCUGGCUUGGGCAUGCGCGCUGUUUUUCUGGGUAAUCCAGGUCCUAAAAGGGAGUGUGCUGGAACUGGUGUUUUCUUGCCCAGAAGAAUUGGGACAACACAAACUGAAACAAGAAAGAAACCAGCAGGGUGUUCAACAGUUUUACUGCCAGAUAGAGUGGUCCAGGCCUUGAACUUGAAUUUAGAAGCUAUGGAUGCUCGGUCGCAGCCUCGUGUUCAAGCCAGAUUUUAUAAUGGCGAAAGCGGCUUAACUUUGGCUAGUGGUUCGAAAUAUCCGAAUAAUAUGGCAGUGGCUCAACAGAGACGUAAUGUCAGGACGGAAAAUACUUACUCACAGCCAGCAUCAAUGUCACAAGAGUUUGUUCUUCCUCAGGACUGGACUUACUAACCAAUAAAUGAUUGUUGAAGAAUGAAAUAACAGAAGACUUGAAGUUUUAGAAGCAGGGCAGAUUUUGUUAUUAGUUCUGGAUAGGGGAGAUUUGGGGAAGUAUAGAGUUAAGAUAGUUAUGAUGGUUUAAGAAUGUUUAGCAACAAAAGAAACAGGUCUGUAUUGGGUAGUUUUAGGGCUCAAAAAAGAAUAGUCCCUAGUUUGGUUUUAAAUUAGAGAAUUGCUAGUAUGAAAGAAUAAAAGUUUUCUAGUUUCAAGUGAUGAAAAGGAGAAGGAAAGAAGGUUGGGUCAUGUUGUGCUUAGAGCUACAACCUAAUUUCCUCACUUUUGUAUGGCAGGGGAAGUGAUCAAUAAUUAUACCAUUAUGUACUAGUUAUCCCUGUCCAAAUAUUAUCGUCUUUUGAUUUGU